AUGGAAUCAUCUUAUUAUAAUCACUUCACAUGGAAGCAAACCAAACCUGGGAGAUGGGAGCGCGAUAUCGAUGAGGUAGAGCAAUUUUAUACUACAUUGGAAAGAAGAUUUCAAGGCACUAAACGUAACUUCUUUGCUAUCACCGCUCAUGUCUCAUUAUCCAUCACAAGAAGAUCUACUCCGACCGAAACCACCGAGCUGCGGCUUAUCAAGGCCCUCCAGACAGCUUGGCUUCGGCUCCGGUACGACCAUCCAACUAUUGCUUCAUGGGUCGAGGAAAAUCGCGAGCAGAAGAAAUGCAAGAAAAUCUAUCAAGGGUUUUCUGAUACGGAAGAUAAUCAACAUCUCACUUGGUUGAAAGAAACCUUCCAGGUUAUCUCUACUGGUCAGUCCGGGCAGCAGUGGUGCAACUCAGACCCCCUGGCUCCCACGUUACCGACAAUAUUCCUUCUCAAACAUGCGAUUACAUCGCAGCAGGAACCGUGUCGCGUCGAUAUUGUUCUACGGUCACAUCAUGCUAUCAUCGAUGGAAUCGGGUCACUUCACUUACUGAACAAUCUUAUAAAAUACGCUUCCCAGGCGUUCAACCAUCGAGAUAGCUUUCUCAUUCCCGAAUUCACAGACGAGUGGAAGAACCUCAGUCCACCACUCCGUGUAGCUGCCGCUAUACCGGAAAACCUCGAUCCAGCUCAGGACCUGAAGCUCAAGAGUAUCGUGGAAUCGAAUGAUGCUCUUCGCGAAGGUGUUGAGAUUGCGACAAUACCUUUUAAGUCUGGACCAACUGUUCCCGGAUGUCACAAGCGAGUGUAUCUCAAUCUCUCCGCAAGCGAUACACAGCGUCUCUUGCUUGCUUGCAAAGCAAUAGGAGUCAGCGUGACACAUGUGUAUCAUGCAGCGAUCGCCCUUCUUAUUCGCGAUCUGCAAGAAAGGCAAGAGAGUGAACGAACAGUGCGAUAUGCCAGCUACUCUCUCAUCAAUGAGCGACCUCGCUGUAAAUCGCCGUACAACACACCACAACAUGCGGCCUCGGUCUAUCACUCUGUAUCGGGCCAUGGUCUGGCAAUAGACCUCACUGUACCCAGUCUAGCAAGCCAAGACACAACACGUGAAAAAGAAAAGUCUGACUUUUCUCGAACGAUCGAAGUGGUGAAACACCAUUACUUAUCGAUCCGGAAUGACGAUGAACAUAUUUAUUUUGUGCCCUCAUAUUGGCAACUCUCUACUCCGCCUUAUCCCCCAGGUUUGGAAGAUCCUCCAAUCCCUCCCCCGAACCAAAAACCAUCGGCAUCUAUCUCUAGUCUUGGGGUCAUUGACAACAUCAUUUGUCCUACACAUGGUGAUUUUGAAUUGCAUGAUCCUUGGGUGACUGGAGAAGAGCUAGGGACCGGACUGGGACUAUUUUUGGGCACGUAUCGUGGAAGCUUGUGUUUGAGUGCUGCGUAUAACGAUGCAUGGCACGAUGAAGCUGAUGUGCAAAGUUUCUUGGAUAAAUGCAAUGCUCUCGUUGUGAGACAUAUGCUGAACUCCUAG